UCCCUUGUGAUCAUUCAGCCCUGAGGUGCAAUAUGUGAAAACCGCAGGCGGGAGGAGCACCAAUUUGUCUGCAAUAAAGAGGCAGGAAGGUGGUCCUUCUCCUGUGGAGUCACUUUUUCCUUGGGUCUCCUAAUAUCAGACUGUUUACCAUACCACCAUAGAAGAUGGAAUCUAAAGUUUCUGAAGGUGGCCUGAAUGUGACUCUCACCAUCCGACUACUGAUGCACGGGAAGGAAGUUGGAAGCAUCAUUGGGAAGAAAGGAGAAACAGUGAAAAAGAUGCGUGAGGAGAGUGGUGCACGAAUCAAUAUUUCUGAGGGAAAUUGUCCAGAGAGAAUUGUCACCAUAACAGGCCCCACUGAUGCCAUCUUCAAGGCUUUCGCUAUGAUUGCUUACAAAUUUGAGGAGGAUAUAAUCAACUCAAUGAGCAACAGUACAGCUACCAGUAAGCCACCUGUAACGUUAAGGUUGGUCGUGCCAGCAAGCCAGUGUGGGUCACUGAUUGGAAAAGGAGGCUCUAAGAUUAAGGAAAUCAGGGAGUCUACAGGUGCUCAGGUUCAAGUGGCGGGGGACAUGCUGCCCAACUCUACAGAAAGGGCAGUGACCAUUUCAGGGACCCCCGAUGCUAUUAUCCAAUGUGUCAAACAGAUCUGUGUGGUGAUGCUGGAGUCCCCACCGAAAGGUGCCACCAUUCCCUACCGCCCAAAGCCCGCCUCCACCCCUGUCAUUUUUGCAGGUGGUCAGGCCUAUGCAAUUCAGGGACAAUACGCUAUUCCACACCCAGAUCAGUUGACCAAGCUCCACCAGUUGGCUAUGCAGCAAACCCCCUUUACUCCCCUUGGACAGACCACCCCUGCUUUCCCUGGAGAAAAGCUGCCCUUACAUUCCUCCGAAGAAGCUCAAAAUCUGAUGGGCCAAUCAUCAGGUUUGGAUGCCAGUCCCCCGGCCAGUACUCAUGAACUCACCAUUCCCAAUGAUCUAAUAGGCUGCAUAAUCGGACGCCAAGGGACCAAAAUCAAUGAAAUUAGACAGAUGUCUGGAGCACAGAUCAAAAUCGCCAAUGCCACAGAAGGUUCAUCAGAACGUCAAAUUACCAUCACAGGAACCCCAGCAAACAUCAGCCUUGCUCAGUACCUCAUCAAUGCCAGGCUGACGUCUGAGGUUACUGGAAUGGGCGCACUCUAAUUUCUGCCAAUCACCCAUCAUUCUGCAUCACAUGACCCUCUCUAGCCAAUGACUCUUCUUCACCCAGCUUCUACAAUGUGUAUAAUUACGGCUUCACACACCCCUCUUCUCCUUGGAAACUUUUCUUUAAUAACAAAUAUAUGUAUAUAAAUAAAUAUAUAUGUAUGUGUGCACAUACUCAUAAGUUGCUUUAUAAGUUGCAUUUUGUGAUUUUGAUUUUGUUCCUGAAUUUUAAAUUUAUGCUCCAGGCCAGUCUGUGUUUCAGCUGUACAGUGCUAAUUAUUUUAUAUAGGUUUUGCCUUGGUAAGACUUUGGAAGAAGGUUGGUCUCACUAGUCUUUAUUUAGUUCAGUUUAGCUAAGAUGGUUUUUUAUAAUUUUACUUUUUUUGCAGCACCUGUAGUAGGACUGAGAUGUCUAGAGCAGUGGUUGCUUUGAAAUAGCUGUUUCUUUUAAUUAUUCAAUUAUUCCUUCCAUCUUUGAACCCUGAUUGUCCUUGGCUCAUCCUUGAAAUGUUUGGAUCUAUGUCCUAAGAAUGUGGCAUGACUUUCUCCCAUUUCAUGUUGGAAGUGGACCAGGCAGGACCCUCCUGGGUUCCUGCAAGGACUGUGCUGCUUCCAGCGAGGCAUAGCCAAAGCAAACCAUUUUCGUUACCAAGCAGAGAACAAGGUGAGGAAAAUAUUCCUUUAAAUAUAGAAUUAUUUCAUAGAAAUGGAGACAAAUGAAAAAUUUAAUGCAGCAGGAACUGCUGAAAAUAUUCUUAAGAGAAUCACCCACAGACUUUUGGACUUA